UACAGCUGUUUAAGUCAUGCAUCCCUAGACAAAUUUUAAAAGCAGUCCUGGGAAGGAAAAGAUCAGAGGAAGGAAGAGAAGCAGGGGAGGGAGAGGAGGAAAAAAGGAGAUCUGACCCCUAAAACAAAAGGCAAUUAUAGGCUUUCAUUCCCCCUUCUCUCCUUGCCUUCCCAGUCGCCCAAUAAAAGAAUUUCUACCAGCUUAUGCAGUCCCUGAAGCUCCACCGUGCAGUGGUUUUCUUUUUGGCUAUCAUGUCAAAGCUAGGAACCAAGAGCAUGAUGAAUGGAGAGACAGAAAUGUCCUGCGAUGGACAAGCGGAAUCAAGAGAAGAAAAAAACAAGCAGAAAGUCGGACCAAAGAAAAACAUUGUGUGGAGGAAUGUCAUCCUGAUGGCCUUGCUUCAUGCUGGGGCUGUGUAUGCCCUUUUCCUUAUUCCCAAGGCCCAUCUGUUUACUCUGUUCUGGGCAUACAUAUGUUUCCUGGUGUGUGCCCUGGGUGUGACAGCAGGUGCCCAUCGCUUGUGGAGUCACAGAUCUUACAAAGCCAGACUGCCUCUGCGAAUAUUUUUGGCUGCAGCCAAUUCAAUGGCAUUUCAGAAUGAUAUUUUUGAGUGGAGUCGAGAUCACCGAGUGCAUCACAAAUACUCCGAGACAGAUGCUGAUCCCCACAAUGCCCAGCGUGGGUUCUUUUUCUCCCAUAUUGGCUGGCUCUUUGUUCGGAAGCAUCACGAUGUCAUUGAGAAAGGAAGAAAGCUGGACUUCAGUGAUUUGUUGGAGGAUCCUGUUGUUAGCUUUCAGAGAAAGUACUACAAAAUCUCAGUUGUGUUGAUGUGCUUUGUCAUUCCUACUCUCGUGCCUUGGUUUUUCUGGGGUGAGAGCUUGUGGAAUUCAUACUUUCUGGCUUCAAUCCUCCGCUACACCAUCUCCCUCAACGUUGCUUGGCUGGUCAAUAGUGUUGCUCACAUGUAUGGCAACAGGCCGUAUGACAAAAACAUCAACCCUCGGCAGAAUACCUUUGUCACUUUUGGAGCUAUUGGAGAAGGUUUUCAUAAUUACCACCACACCUUUCCAUUUGAUUAUUCAGCUAGUGAGCUUGGUUUGAAAUUCAAUCCAACCACAUGGUUCAUUGACUUCAUGUUUUGGUUGGGUCUGGUCACUGAGCGGAAGCAGGUUCCCAAGGAGAUGAUCCAAGCUCGCAAAGAGAGGACUGGAGAUGGCACUUCUUGAGAAACAAGUUGAGUCUUGAACUUUGAUGCUGCUGUAUGUGUUGUUUGUAUGUUUCUUCACUGGGGGCCUCUGCCUCAAACUUUCCCUUAGAAUGGAAGUAGUAUUUUUCAUUGAACAAAGGCCAAAUUCAUUUCUGGAUAAAUGUAAUUUUACUUUAGUGCUGUGGUUUUUCUAUUGCCGAAAACACUUUAAAUAUUAAUUCAUCUUCCAAGAAAGCUGUGAAUGUUCCAGCCUGCAACUUUCCAUAAUAUAAUGCCCUCCAGAUGAGUUGAACUCUAGUUCCCAUAAUCCCCAGCAAUUGUGGCCUUUGAACAUUGAAGUUCAACACAUCUGGAAAACUCCAGGUUGGGAAAGGUUGGAUGGGCAGUCUUUAGGCUUGUGGGUGCUUGUUCUACUGAAACCAUGAUAUCUACAAACCAGCUGUAAAGUACAAAUGGGGCAGAGCCAGAUGCAAAACGGUGAUGCAGGAGCAAAGAGGUUUGCCUCUAGUAGUACAGAUGUACACCUGAAACGUUGCAUGUCAGGAACUCUGAUAUAGAAUGUAAAACUGGCCAGGAAAACUGUGCAGCUUACCUGCUCUAAAGCAUACCUUCAGCUCAAAACAGCUGCUGAACACUGUACAUUGAAGCUCAUUGAUGCUCUGUAUGAUUUGAGGCAAUGCUCUAGGAAGCACCCAACAGUCUCCUGCAAUUGUACACGACAGAAGAAGCUCAAUGGUAGUAGGCAACAUUCUUUAAGGAUAGCUAAAGAGCUCCUGAUACAUCCCCAAGGCAUGUAAAUUUCCCCAGUAUGUUUUAGCGGAAUUGAUUGUGGAAUUAAAUCAAAGCUGUCUUAAAUGCAACAUUUUUGGAAGAUUACAUAUUAUUCAGUAUCAUCAUGAC